GGAGUUUAUCAGCACUGUGAGCAACACGGACCGUGUUUAUUGAUGCACACAGGACCGGAUGUGCACAAUAGACACGUGAAGAUGGGGAAACAGAAGAAACACGUGCAGUUUAAAGACGGAUCUAAACGUAAACCUGGAUUUAAAAACAGACAGAAUAAAUGUGUCGUCAUGUUCGAUGAUAAAGACAGACAUGAGUUCCUCACUGGUUUCCACAAGAGGAAGGUGGAGAGGCGUAAAGCAGCAGUGGAGGAGAUAAAGAAUAAACUGAGAGAGGAGCAGAAACGAGUGAGAGAGGAGAGACAUAAAGAAUACCUGAAGAUGCUGAAGGAGAGGAGGGAGGCACUAGAAGCUGCAGAUGAACUUGAUGAUGUCAUCACCUCCACGACAGAGUCCACGCAGUAUGAUCACCCCAACCACACCGUAACCGUGACAACCAUCAGUGACCUCGACCUGUCUGGCGCUCGACUGCUGGAGUCUCUGACGGAUCGUCAGGCUGCAGCAGUGAGUGGUGGUGAUGAAGAGAGACGUGAUGAAGAGGAGAAAGUUGAAGCAUUACCCAGGAAAGCAGGAAAUCCUCUGCUGUCCAAAAAGAUCCAAUCUCUCUCAGCGUCACUUCACUGCUUCACCAAACAGAAGAAGAAGAAGAGAAAAGGUAACCUGGACAGUCGGGGGCGGAGUCAGCAGGGGGACAGGAAGUCGUCGGUUGCCGUGGGCAACAAGCACCGUCUUGGCAAAACAACAAAGAAGCAGCGGCGCAAGAGAACAGGCAGGAAGGGGCGGAGCCAGGACUGAGAUUAUUUAACAAGGUCGACACAACGGAGCCGAAAACAACAACUAAAUAAAAAUAAAAACAAUGAAUUUGUUUACAGGAAGUUCUAAAUAUUACUGAAGAGUUUCCUCAAUCCUGGAAUCAUCACGUCUCCUCAGGAGCGCCGUGUGGGCCUAGAACAUGAUCGCUCCUGAUGUCUGGACCACUCUCACCUGCUGUUUAACUUCACUACAGAUGUUUGUGAUUUGGGACACAGCCGUGGGGUGUGGCCAGUUGUCAUGGUAACUAGAGAAGCUUCAUAUGUAACAGUGGAAGCUGAAAGGAACCUGAACUGUUGUUGUUUUAUACUGAUGAUGAUGAUGACAUCAUCUUAGUGCUGAACUUCACUAUACUGAUUUACUGUGUGUAUGACGUUAAAACACUGCAGAAUAACUUCACAUGUUGAUCUUAGACAUAACGAUGCCAGGAAGAUGAUGAUGAUGAUGAUGAAGAACGUCACACGUGUGGAUGUGUGUCCUGUUCACUGCCACACAUUUAUAUAUCUUUUAUACUGCAUUGUUAUUAAAAGUCGUCUUUACAGGC